AUCAAUACUGUAGAAAAGAUAAGAAUUGACAGCGACGUGUAAUUUUUCUCAGAGUCUGAUUUUAACCACACGAUGAUUUUCUUAAUAUUUAUAUUCCUGCUUGUGCUUUUAUUUUCUAUGCUGCCAACGUAUUCAGGAGACAUAACUAAAAGAUUGAGCAGAUUUUUCUUGCACGUCUCAAAUGAAGAAUUAAAUUUGCGGUCACAAGUUAGAGAGUUGAAGGCUGAGCAGGACAUUAUCAGUAUGACUGAUGAAUUUGCUAGAUAUGCCAAAAUUCAACGCCGAAUCGAUAAAAUUAUGGCGCAGGUCAAAGAAUCAAAUUCUGCAAGGAUGCAGAAGAGUUCACUACUGUCUUUGCUUGUACGAAUUGGAAUAUAUGUCAUACAAGCAUUUACCAUGCUAGCAUUAGUUUUCCGAUACCGUAAUGAGCCGUUACUCAUGUUUCCAUCGGAAUGGUUCUACCCUUUAGAAAAGUUUGUUGCUCUUCCUACGGGUAUACCAGGAGGCCUAGGUAUAGCUUGUUGGAUAAUGGUGUGUACCGCCACAGUAUACCGUAUCAAGCAGUUCCUGGUCACUUAAAAUCCACCAUUCCCUUGGCUCGGAGUAAACUCGUGCAGUUAUUUCCUGUUGUAACUGUAUAUUGUCCAACGUGCGUCUGCUGGAUUUUAGAAUGCUGUUGAAGAUUAGACUCUUCCAUACAUUUAUUUAGAUGAGUCCAUCGAUCAUGGUCUACAUAUUGGUGAAAGGGUUAAUACCCUUGCCAUUUUUUGUUGGAUUCACCAACUUUUUAAGAACUCAUUAUGUAUCUUAAUAAUGGGACUAAUGAAACUUGACAAACGUGCUCAUCGAUCGGGACUCACCUGAAAAAUAUUCUACAAAGAUCACUGAAAGGAUAAGGUAUGUCCAGACAAGCUUUGAUUGGCCUGAAGUUUUCUUAAGGACCUCCGUACCACUGCCAAAAACUGUAAUUAAUUAUUGGAAGCUAUUUUAUCCAGUAUGACUAUAGCUUUGAUAAACCAUCUCUGAAAACAAAACUACCGUUACCAUACCUUUAUUAGAAAUAGGUGUGUGAUGUGAUUUCUAUGAAAUAUACUUCUUUUGAAAAAGUCUUAACACAAAUACUUUACAGUAGUGACAUUUGUAAUAAUAUUUACAAUUCAUCUUGUUGUUACCCUUCAACUUAAAUUGGUAUAUUUUAAGUGUUGUUAAUAUCCUAAGGAGGGUUAUCUUCUGAUUAUGAGAUCUAUUUCUCUGCUGUAUAUUUUGUAUCGUUUUCAGGGGGUUUAAUUUUCCGUUUUAUUAAUAAUAUUUAUGAUAAUUUGAGGUUCUUAUAUUUACAACCUAGUUCAUAGGUCGUCUCAAAGCGGU